CUGGUUGGUGGGCCUGCAGGGAGACGCCGCAUUCUCCCGCAAGGUCUAGGCACCUGACUUCUUUCGGUACUUGAUUUUUCCUCCUUUGUGUCCAGGCUUAGGAGAAGCUUUUACUGCGCGGUCCUUGCCUGAGCGUGCACGCCACAACAUCCCAUCCCAGUUUCCUUGUCACAUAUCCUUAAUGCUCAGGAAAUGCUUCCGGAUGUCCAACGAAGAUUUGAAUAAGUAGUCUGACCCGGUUGCUUGGUGUCCUCAGAGGCUACCCCUAGCUGACAGCUGUGGCCAAUAGAGACGCCUCCUGUGCCCUGCCCUCUCUUCCAUUGCCGCCGCCUGCAGUCUGCGAAGCAAGCCUUGGAGGGGCACUUCCUCCUCAGGUUUGAGGAUGGAGACGUAGGUGGUCCCAAAACACUAGUGCUACUUCCCCUUUUGGACUGGGAUCUCCUUGCGGCGCUGCUUCCUCCCUCCGAACAGUUUCACUUUCAGUUCCCCCCAUUUUUCUUUUUGGUUAACAUUUUCCUUGGACGUGGGCUUUACCAUGCUUAUCCGCCGAAGAUUUUCCUUGGCUAGGAAAGGAAUUAGCACUCAGGCCUGUGAAUCAGGAGACACCAAUACUUCCAAAAGAGAACCAGUUCCUCGCAUGUGCCCCCUCGCAGAGAGAUGAAGGGGCAGCAGAAAACAGCUGAAACUGAAGAGGGGACAGUGCAGAUUCAGGAAGGUGCAGUGGCUACUGGGGAGGACCCAACCAGUGUGGCUAUUGCCAGCAUCCAGUCAGCUGCCACCUUCCCUGAUCCCAACGUCAAGUACGUCUUCCGAACUGAGAAUGGGGGCCAGGUGAUGUACAGGGUGAUCCAGGUGUCCGAGGGACAGCUGGAUGGCCAGACUGAGGGUACUGGCGCCAUCAGUGGCUACCCUGCUACUCAAUCCAUGACCCAGGCAGUGAUCCAGGGUGCUUUCACCAGCGAUGAUGCAGUUGACACAGAGGGCACAGCUGCUGAGACACACUAUACUUACUUCCCCAGCACUGCAGUGGGAGAUGGGGCAGGGGGUACCACGUCGGGGAGUACAGCUGCUGUUGUUACUACCCAGGGCUCAGAGGCACUACUGGGGCAGGCGACCCCUCCUGGCACUGGUCAAUUUUUUGUGAUGAUGUCACCACAAGAAGUAUUGCAGGGAGGAAGCCAGCGCUCGAUUGCCCCUAGGACACACCCUUAUUCCCCGAAGUCAGAAGCUCCCAGGACAACGCGGGAUGAGAAACGCAGGGCUCAGCAUAAUGAAGUGGAGCGCCGCCGCAGGGACAAGAUCAACAACUGGAUUGUGCAGCUGUCCAAGAUCAUCCCAGACUGCUCGAUGGAGAGCACCAAGUCUGGCCAGAGCAAAGGUGGGAUUCUAUCCAAAGCUUGUGAUUAUAUCCAGGAGCUUCGGCAGAGCAAUCACCGCUUGUCUGAAGAACUGCAAGGGCUUGACCAACUGCAGCUGGACAAUGAUGUGCUUCGACAGCAGGUGGAAGAUCUUAAAAACAAGAAUCUGCUGCUACGAGCUCAGUUGCGGCACCAUGGAUUAGAGGUCGUCAUCAAGAAUGACAGCAACUAACUAUGAGGAUUCAAGGGCUUUGGGCCCAAGAACUGCAGAUAGCCCAGGAGUAACAGCCUAAUCCUAUGCCCCUUUCCUUCACUGCCCACUUCUGGCAUGGGACUGGGGGGAGUUCAGAAGGCGUGUCUCUGAACUGAGGCCCUGUGAUACGGCAUCCUGCAAUGGUGUGAAACACACAAUGUGGACGUGCACUGACAGCCCUGCCCACCUCCACCAUGCAGCCCCUGGGCCCUUGUGCUCCUCUUGCACAACGCAUGUGCUGUCUCCAUGCUGGAUACUAGACACACUAAACUGGGGGGCUUGCCCUGUGCCUGCUCAGAGUGCCCAGCAGAGAGUCUGCUGACAGGUGAUGCUCUGGCUUGCCCCAGGACUCUGGCACUGCCAUGGGUUCUUCCUUUCCCUGGAGCUGAGGUUUAGAUGUGCACUUGGUGACUCAGGAGCAGGCUUAAGCAAGAAGUGGGGGGAAGGAUGCUUAGCAGUGGCUGCUGCCCCAUGAAGAGGAGAUUGGCCAGCCAGUGGCUAAGGCUUAUGCAGAAGUCUUUGGAGCCAGGGAGAACAACAGGCAGGGGCCCACUUGGGGCCUUCCCCCUUGUGGGGGUGUUUUUUUUUUUUCUUCCUUUCUUUCCUCUCCUUUUUUUUUUUUAAAAGAUAAAAUCGUUCAGAGCCACAA